CCUAUGGUUUGACUAGUGCUGCCCCUGUCAUCUUGGGGAAAUUUUGCGGCACCCAGUCAUUCUGCUGCUGCCGUUCAAGGAGUCAACAUCUGGGAAAACUUUUAAAAUAUCAAGGGUGUCAACUUUCUCCAUUAUCCGAAGAUUGGCGGAAAGGGUCGAAAAGUUGCGAUUGCUGAUUACUACGUAUCAUCCGGAGUUUGACGGAAAGGACCGAAAAGUUCAAACUCCGCAGCCAAUCAAAUCACUGUGAAGAGUUUGCUAGAGUUCUCUUUCCUAAGUAGGCCUAGGCUUGGGAAAAUCCCCAUAGACGGCGCUUAUUAAUACGUCACAGUUCACAACUUUGGAAAGGAUGGCAUCACAACCGCACAGCAAAAAGCGAAUUUGCUAUUACUAUGAUGGUGACAUUGGCAACUAUUAUUAUGGACAGGGACAUCCCAUGAAACCACACCGUAUACGCAUGACACAUAAUCUUAUUCUUAAUUAUGGUCUCUACAGAAAGAUGGAAAUAUAUCGGCCACACAAGGCCACCCAGGAGGAAAUGACCAAGUUCCAUAGUGAUGAUUAUAUCAAGUUUUUACGAAGUAUACGACCAGAUAAUAUGUCCGAAUAUAAUAAACAGAUGCAGAGAUUCAAUGUCGGUGAAGAUUGCCCAGUAUUUGACGGCAUGUAUGAAUUCUGUCAGCUGUCAACAGGAGGAUCUGUUGCUGGGGCAGUAAAGUUGAACAAACAGGCAGCAGAUAUUGCUAUAAACUGGGCCGGUGGUCUUCAUCAUGCUAAGAAAUCAGAGGCAUCAGGAUUCUGUUAUGUUAAUGAUAUUGUACUUGCCAUUCUGGAGUUACUCAAAUACCAUCAGAGAGUGUUAUAUAUAGAUAUUGACAUUCACCAUGGAGACGGUGUAGAAGAAGCAUUUUAUACAACAGAUCGUGUGAUGACUGUCUCAUUCCAUAAAUAUGGAGAAUAUUUUCCUGGUACAGGAGAUCUUAGGGAUAUAGGUGCAGGAAAAGGGAAAUAUUAUGCUGUCAACUUUCCUCUAAGAGAUGGUAUUGAUGAUGAAGCAUAUGAAACUAUCUUUAAACCAGUGAUGACCAAGGUUAUGGAGAUGUACCAGCCUAGUGUUAUAGUGCUACAAUGUGGGGCUGACUCACUAUCAGGAGACAGACUGGGUUGUUUUAAUCUUACUCUUAAAGGUCAUGGUAAAGCUGUAGAGUUCAUGAAGAAAUGGAAUCUUCCAUUGAUGUUACUGGGUGGAGGAUUUUUCCUUUCUUCUGUAUUUAGGGAAACAAAAUUACCAUACAAUGAUUACUUUGAGUAUUAUGGACCAGACUUCAAGUUAAACAUUAGUCCCUCAAAUAUGGCCAACCAGAAUACAGGAGAAUAUCUGGAAAAAAUCAAGACAAGGUUGUUUGAGAACUUGAGAAUGUUGCCUCAUGCACCAGGUGUUCAAAUGCAAGCUAUACCAGAAGAUGCCCUCAAUGAGAGUGUGAUAAUGAGACCUAAAGAAAACCCGAACAAGCAGAAAUCUCUAUACGUGCCAGUGAUAAACGUAUCCACUGUGAUGAAGAGUUUUUCAGACUCGGAAGACGAGAUGUCAGGACCAAACGUGAGGCUGGACGGUCGACGAGACAGCAACAUCACACAAACCUAA